AUGCUGCUGGAUGGCGAUUCCGAGUCAUCAUCCUUUCACGAGGACAUGGUUAGGAUCGCGGACCGUUUGCCCUUGCAUGAUGAAUAUCGUCGUGUGCGCCACCUCACGCUCCAAAGGACCCAAGAAAUACCUAUAACUGACGACGAACUAAACAAAGUCCUCUCUGCAUGCCCUCACCUCGAAACCGUCGUUCUUACAGGCGUUCCUGAAACCACCAACAGAUCUAUUGUCUCCCUCGCGCACAACGCGAUGAAUCUUCAAGGGUUAAAUAUAUCUGGCUGUUCUUCCAUCACCGACGUUGGGGUCCUCGAGAUAACCAAUAAAUCCCCUCCUCUACAGUGGAUAGUGCUGAAUGGAGUUGUGGGGCUUACAGAUCCAUCCAUCUCUGCUAUUGCCAAAACGUGCUCGCGUCUCGUAGAACUCGAAUUAUGCGGCCUACCUUUGAUUUCUGCGUUAUCUAUAAGAGACAUAUGGUCAUUUUCGAGAAAAUUGCGAACAUUGCGACUGGCAAACUCUCCGCGUAUCUCAGACAAGGCAUUCCCGUCAUCACUCCCCUCCAACAUUGGAUCUGAUUCGGAUGAUGAAAAACCUCUUCCUCACAGGCCCAUUACUUGGCUUGAAGAAUUACCUCCUCUGAUUUUGCAGCAUACCGCAGAAAACCUACGAAUGUUGGACUUGACAUCCUGUAAUGUAACCGAUGAAGCUGUCGAAGGCAUCGUAAGGCACGCACCAAGAAUUCAAACUUUUAUCCUCUCCGGAUGUUCUUCACUCACCGAUAAGUCCGUGGAAAGCAUUUGCAAACUUGGCGACCACCUUGAUGUAAUCAUGCUCUCUCAUGUUGGCAACAUCACUGACGCAGCGGUGGUCAAGCUGGCUCGGUCUUGUGUCAACCUUAGAUGCAUCGACGUAGGAUAUAUGUCUGUCUUUGAACUUGCCGGGCUCCCCAGCCUCCGACGUCUAAGUCUGGUGCGAAUUCAUAAGCUUACAGACAUCGCCAUAUUCGCACUGGCAGAACAUGCUGUCGGGCUGGAGCGACUUCAUCUAUCAUACUGUGACCGCCUAUCUCUCGAAGCCGUGCACCUACUUCUCCGGAAACUGGGUCGGCUGCAGCAUCUCACCGCGACUGGGAUACCGUCCUUCCGCAGAAAAGGCAUUCAUCGGUUCACAGAACCUCCUCCUGCUCAUUGUAAUGCGGAUCAACAAGCCGCCUUCCGUGUCUUCGACGGUGAUAACGUGGCUGGCCUUCGAAAAUUUUUGGACAAGGAAGAUAAGAGACGGCGCGAAGCUGAAGCUCGAAAUAUCCCCUUCAUGCCUCGUUCCGACGAUAAGCUUGAGCUCUAUUAG